AUGGCAGCCUACAAAGAUAUGCUGGUGUUUGCAGCACUCUUUGUCAUCUUCGGAAUGACCCAGUGUCAAAAGUUGCCAAGUUUUGAUCUGCUGGAGGAGUUUCAUGUGCCUGAGUCGAGGGGAGUGAGGAGAGUGGACGGCUCUCAACCUGAAGCGGUGGCCUACCGUGUCAACCCCUCUAUCCAUCUACGAAAGACCAUGAGUGACGUGUAUCCAGAAGGACUUCCGUCCGACUACUCCGUUAUCGCAACAUUUAAGGUGACCAAGGACACUGCCAAGAAAUCUUGGGACCUGUGGCAGGUCAGUGACCCCAAGGGACGAGAACAGGUCGGCCUGCGUUUCCAAGGUGAUACCCGCUCUUUAGACUUCUUCUACACCAGCCCCCACGGGAGCCAGAUGCUGAGGACCUUCCAUGGUGUGGAAAAGUUGUUUGACGCAGAGUGGCACAAGUUGGCGCUGAGUGUGAAGGGCAGCCAGGUGAAGCUGCUGAUAGACUGUGAAGAGGUCAGUGUGGAGUCCAUUGACGAGCCGAGGCCAGUCAUCCACCGAGGGUACACCUCCAUUGUCAAGCGGGCUGCAGGAGAUCGCUCUGUGUCUGUGGACCUCCAGCAGAUGCAGGUGUCAUGUGACCCGGAGCAGGCUUACUCAGAGGGCUGCUGUGAGCUCUCCAGUGUGUGUGGAGGGUAUGCAGAGAUCGGUCUAACAGCUGGAAGAGCAUCUUGCAAAUGUUUGCAUGGACAGCCUGGCCCUCAGGGACCUCCAGGGCCAAAGGGUCACAGAGGUCUUCCAGGGGAAGACGGAGAUCCAGGAAGACAAGGAAACUGGGGGAUCAGGGGAAACACAGGAGACUACGGUAACAUUGGCGAGACAGGCCCAAAGGGUGAAGAAGGAAUCAAAGGCGAGAAAGGAAUGAGAGGACUCUGGGGCCAAGUGGGAGACAGAGGUCCUAAAGGGCUGAAAGGAUUAAAAGGGGCAGGAGGCUUCAAGGGAGUUCGUGGGCCACCUGGAGACAUCGGAGAGACUGGGAAACUCGGAGAAGUUGGUGCUAAAGGCGAAAAAGGAUAUGAAGGGAUUCCCGGGUUUCAAGGAGUUAAGGGAGAGGAAGGGACCACUGGUAAACCAGGGCGUGCUGGGCCCAGAGGAAAGCAGGGUAUUGUGGGAGAUCCCGGAGAGAUGGGAGCUUCUGGAGAAAAGGGGAAGCCAGGAAUCCAAGGACCUGUGGGCAGAGGUGGCACCAUCGGACCGAAGGGCAUAAUUGGAGAUCCGGGCUUACCAGGCAGAGAUGGUGAUCUAGGAAUAGAGGCUUAUCAAGGACCACAGGGUCUCAGUGGAAAACUCGGGCGAAGUGGAGCAAAGGGGGAGAAAGGCACCCUUGGGUCACCGGGAGAAAUGGGUCUCCAAGGCCGAACUGGCCCAAGAGGUUACAAGGGUUCUGCAGGAAAGCCAGGAAGACCUGGAUUUAUCGGCCCACCGGGACCUACUGGACACGUGGGUGUGCCUGGAAAACCAGGGUCCAAGGGUGAUACAGGAAUCCAGGGAAUCCAAGGAGUUAAAGGUGCACAGGGGGAACAAGGAGUUAAAGGCCCAAAGGGAAAGGUUGGAGACAGGGGUGAACAGGGUCCUCAGGGAGGACGGGGGAAGCGCGGACCAGGAGGCCCACCUGGACGCUCAGGUCCUGUUGGAGUCAAGGGGGUUCGAGGUGAAGGAGGACCAGAUGGCUUUCAGGGGCCCCCAGGCCCACCAGGUCCGACCCUCCCCGCUCAACACGUGAUCGAGGUUUGUCAGAAAGUGGUCCUGGAGCAGAUGUCCAUGUUUGCCAACUCCGUGAAGAGGACGUGCGCUGCAGUUUGUCCUCUCUAUGGGGAUGUGCCCAUGGGUGCCCCUGGUCCCGCCGGACAGAAAGGACCCCCCGGACCUCCUGGUGACCCUGGUAAUGAUGGUGUUGAUGGAGAAGUGGGCCUGCAGGGAUUCUACGGAGAAGUCGGAGAUCUGGGCCGCCAAGGAGAAACAGGUGACAGAGGAGAGCAAGGUGAUAAAGGAGCCAAGGGUUACGGUCUACCUGGCUACACUGGAGACCAAGGACCAAAGGGUCAGCGUGGACGUCCUGGCAGAGCAUUUAAUGGCCAGCCAGGGAAGCAGGGUGAGAGGGGACAUACAGGCCGACCUGGACUCAGGGGCCACGCAGGUCUCAGAGGACCUCCCGGUGUUUGUAUCACCUCUGGGUGUGCCCAGCUGAACUCCACCAAUGGGACACCUCAGCCAGCACCGCGGAGGAGGAAUCGCCCGUAGAGUAAAAAAAACAGUGAAUCAAAUAUAGAGCUUAAAGGAGGAAAACAUGGUGGAUUGUUUUUGUUAAUAAGUGUUUGUUCAAAUAAAUUGAACUUCUAAUGUAAAUAUGCAUCCAAACGGAAAGUGGGAACAGUUUGAGCUACAAGGUUACCAAAGACAACAACACCUACUUGAUUUGAAGGAGAGUGGUAACAAAAUAUAUUUGUAUAAAAAAGACCGUCUUCAUUUGAUAGUUUUUAU